AUGUCUUCUUACUCUAAAAGCAAGCUCAAGGCAGCAAGAGAUGCAAUACAGAAAAAGGAUUGGACGACAGCAAAGUCGGCAGCAUCCCAGGUGUUGGAAUACGAAGCAGAGAACUACAAUGCUCUUGUUUUUCUUGGAUUAGCUUGUUUAGAAUUGGGAGAGGUAGAUGAUGCUGUAAAGACGUACGAACGAGCCAUCAACAUCCAACCCGCCAAUCCUUUGGCUCAACAAGGCCUCUCGAAGUUAUAUGAACGCACCUGCAACUAUGCUGCCCACCGCACUUCACUCCUCCAACUCAUCAAACUCUUCACUGCUUCAGGCGACGCACAACGAUGUGCCGAGUCACUACAGCGGCUCUUGGAGCUUAGUCGCGAAAGGGGCACCAGGAAGGAUGUGAUUGACACGCUCUCGCUACUGCUUCCCACAAGCCAGUGCUAUGCGACCUUGUGCGACCUUCCCCAUCCCGAACCUACAGCUCCCACUGCCUCGACCGUGCAUCAGAUCCAGCUCGCCCUAGCAAGCAGCCUCCCUACACUUGAAGAAGUCGUUCGUCUGAGUGAGAAUGAGGAAGAGGAGCAUGUGAAGAAAGAGGUGGACAAACGCCGCAUGCGUCUGGGAGCCGGGAGUGUGGACGAGAUACACCGAACGGUUCGUCGGGAGGUGGGGGAGGGAUCACGCUUGCCCGAGUUGUACGGGGAGGUGCUGAACCAUCCGAAUGCGUCGGACGAUCUAAGACGAGAAACAGAGAGGAAGCUUUUCCGACUGAAGCUUGCUGCAUUGGAGUUUGCAAGCAAGGAGGAGAAGGGGAAGCUGAGGGAUGUGCUCAUAGAGAUGGCCCGUGGGCAGGUCUUGCUCGGCAUUCCGGAUGAGCUGGCCUGGAGCGUGUGGGUGGAGUGGAGGGACGCCGGCGCGUUGGAGGACUACGACUGGGCGUUAUUGAGGCGAUGGAGAACAAUCUUUCCCGAUAGCGCGUUGGGAACGGUUGUGAAGGGAUACUUUCUGUACAUGGGCAUCCAAUUGCUGGAAGAGGAGGAGGAAGAAGAAGAGAACGGACACGCGCAGGAAGACGAGGAAGACGGCUAUGACAUCCUACUUGAGGCCGCAGAGUCUUGCCAGAACAGCAUACUCACCCACCGAAUGCUGGCAGAAGUCCAGAGGCUGCAAGAAGACUGGCCCGGCUUGAUUAGGACAUCGGAAGCCGGGCUAGCGUUAGUUCAACGGCAUGAAAAACAGACGGGACAAUCUCUCCAUUUGGUCAACCGAUCACUCAACACCGAGCUCGCAACAGGUCUCGUACACUUGCAUCCACCAAAGCAUCACCCUCGCGCACUCCGCCUUCUGGACCAAGUCCUGUCUGAAGAUCCGAAUUUAGUCCCGGCCCUCAUGGGUCGGGGGUAUAUAUUCCAAGCGUUAGGCAAGUGGGGUGAAGCUGCGAUCGUUUUUGGGAAGGUUGUGGGCACCGAGCACAGCAAACGGGAAGAGGGGAAGAAGGCGCCAGAGAAGGUAGAAGAAAGUGAAGAUGCAGAUCAGCCCAUAGAAGUGGUGGAGUUGGAGGCACGGGAAGAAAGGGCGUGGUGCUGGGUUCGGAACGGCCUAGAUGAGAAAGGCGAAUCCGGGCUACGUGACUCCGUGUCUCUGUGGGAUAUCUCCCCGCAUACUGGCAUCCAAAGACAACGAGCGCGCGCAUGGUGGCGCCUUGGUCGGUGUCUCUGGGAAGUAGGAGGGAGGUACGAAGAAGCCUACAAGGCAUUCAUCACCUCCCUCAAGCGACUCACCUCCUUCGCACCCGCAUUCACAAGUCUGGGAAUCUACUAUUCCGACGUUGCCCAGCCGCCAGAUCCGCAAAGGGCGAGCAAGUGUUUCCAGAAGGCAUUCGAGCUUGACGCCCGCGAGGGAGACGCGGCACGCAGGCUUGCUGAGGGAUUCGCCGAGGAGGGCGAGUGGGAUCUGACAGAAGUUGUCGCGCGGCGGACGAUCGAGGGCGAGGGCGGCCUUGAGCAAGGUGAAAGCCUCGUCCAGGGUGCUGUGGCUGCCCGUCGGCACCUACCGCAGAAUGCCUGGGCAUGGAAGGCGCUGGGUGCUGUGGAGUUGCAGAGACGUAGCUUUGCCCCAGCGAUCCAGGCAUUUCAAAUCGCCCUCCGGGCUGAGCCUGACGACGCCGGCUCGUGGCUCCGGCUUGGGGAAGCUUAUGCCCGCUCUGGAAGGCAGGUAGCAGCGAUUAAAGCCCUCAACCGGGCGCAACAAUUGGAUUCGGACAACUGGGUCUGUGCGUUCCUCCUUGCCGAAGUCGAAUGCGAAAUUGGGCGCUUCGACGCUGCUAUAGCUGUAUUUGAAGACAUCUCUCAGAAGCGACCUGACGAUGCGGGCGUCCUCAGUGCUUUGGGCUCGGCGUACCUUGCAUACGGACGAGCACAGGUGAUUGGAGGCUAUCUGGGCAGGUCAGAAGGUAGCUUCUGGCAAGCAUUAGAAGUCGCCAGAAGGCUCCUCGCCGGGGAAAGCAAUUUCCGUCGCUUGGGAUGGAAGACCCUGUGCGAUGCUUUGUUCGAGCUCGGCAUAUGCACCUCGUUUGAGCACACGGAAGAGGCGUACCACGUUCUGCGAGAAAUAGAAAGUAUGCUCCUGGGGAACGAGGUUGGUAAAGGCGCCAUACUCGGUAGUUUGCUCACCACGGCAAGCGUUACCAAAACGCUGGGCGAAGGUACCGACGGGCUGGUCGCGCUGAAACUUUCUCUGUUAGGCUGCGAGCACCGAGUUGCUCUGACGAAGUUUGACAACACAGGGCUCAGCAGCGCCUGGUUCGACUUGGCCACUGGGCUGCAUAAGCUCGUCUCUCUUCUUCCGAUCACCGAUAAUGCAGAACCAUAUCUCAAGGAAUCGCUCAGAUGCUGCAAGGAAGCCGUGAAAGCUGACCCGAAAGACCCGCAAUACUGGAACGCUCUCGGUGUAAUGAGCUUUGAGAAGAAUGCAAGGCUGGCACAGUAUGCGUUUUUAUCUGCCAUCCAGAUUGACAACAAGGACCCACUGAUUUGGACCAACCUUGGCUUGCUGUACCUCUUCCAUCAAGAUACGGAACUCGCAAACCAGGCCUUCCUUCGUGCCCAGACACUUGAUCCGGAUGAGCCGCUUGCCUGGGUCGGACAAGCUCUAUUGGCUGCCCAGAAUGGCGACGAGGCCGAUGCGAGUGCGCUCUUCGAGCAUGCUGUCGUGAUUUCUUCUGGUUCCAUGCUUGAAGCUAGCCAUAUGUUCGCGACUCGUCUGUUCAACGCUCGGGAGACUGAACAAUCUCAAUUGCGCACCGACCGCCUCUUCCUCGCUUUCUCCGCUUUAGAUCGGUACUGCCGUGAACAGCCGACAUCAUCCACGGUUCUGCAUCUGCAUGGCCUGAUAUGUGAGCAACUCGGUCAAACCGACCUUGCUGAAGGCAGAGUGCGGGAUGCGAUUGUUCUCCUGGAGAAAGAGUACGAGACGAGCGAAGACAAGGCUAUAGAGCGCAGGUAUGCUGUUGCGCAUAGUAAUCUCGGCCGAUUGCUAGUCGUGAACGGGAAGUACGAAGAAGCGAUACAAGCCUUUGGCACUGCUGUGAACCUCCUGCAAGGUGAAGCCGAGGAUGGGGACGAGGAAGUAUCGAUAUUGCAAGCCCAGGCGGCUCUCAGUACUGGCCUAGCCCACUUUCUGGCCAGUGACCUCGAACAGGCGCUCACUGUCCUCGAAGCUGCGCAGGAGCAGGUUCCUGAAGUUUAUCCGGAGAUCAAAGGGCACAUCAGUCUUACGCUCGCGAAAAUGCUGUGGGCACUGGGCUCUGAAGAGGCGAGAGAAUCGGCGAAGAGCCUGCUCCUAGAAUGCAUAUCCGCGGAUCCGCACAAUCUGGCGGCCAUCACUGCUCUGGCCUCUAUCGGUUCCCUGACAGGCGAUACCGAUCUCCUCACCGCGGCUCUGGCGGAGAUCGACAUAUUGCCCCGGGCCGAAAGGGCUGCGGUCGAUCCCAGCGGAGAAGUCGACUUCCUUCUCUCGAGACAUCAUCUUGCUAAUGGUGAUAUUGAUCUGGCUGUCGCCGUAGCUGAGGAAGCGCUUUCCGCGCAGCCGUAUUCGCUCGGCGCUAGGCAGAAUGUGGCACGACUGUUCCUUAUGUCUGGAAAUUCACUUACUGCGAGGGACAUCUUGCAGAGAGAAGGAUUGCCGGAGGAUGCUGUCAGCCGUAGGCUGUCAGCGCUGAUUGACUUGGCGCUGAAGGAAAGAGGAGAACUGGAUCUGGAAGAGGUCGAGGUGAAUGGUAAUGAGGGAACUGCAGAAGACGUACCGGAGGCGAGAAAGAAGAUCGACCCGAGUGAUGACGCUCAGCGAGCAGUGUUAGCGGCGCCCUGGGACACUUCUAAUUGGGGCACUGCCGUCCUUUGUAGUAAAGCGUAA